AUGGUAAUCACUAGUGGAAAUGAAGAAGAAAAAGGAAACCAAGAGAAGGAGAGCAAGGAGGAAUCCAUCCUCGCCCUGCUGGGGAUUAUUGGGACAAUUCUAAAUCUCAUUGUGAUCAUUUUUGUGUACAUCUAUACAACGUUGUGAGUUGCUCAGGCAAACUGGUGAUGACAACAGAGAAGAGACACUGGCAAAC